AUGAGUGGCGGGACAUUUGAGUUACACGUAUUUACUGAUGCCAGUGUGAAAGCCUACGGUGCUGUAGUUUAUUUACGCAAUACAAUUUCGCGUGAAUCUGCGCUAACAAUUUCUAAGAGCAGAGUGACUCCUGUCAAACCAUUGACUAUCCCACGUACCGAGCUUAUGGGUACAUUGUUAGGAGCACGUCUCAUAAAGUUCGUUUAUUCAAGCCUAAAUGAACAGAUUAAUAUUGACAAGUGUGUUUUGUGGUGCGAUAGUCAGAUCGUCCUACAUUGGCUACAAAAUAACAAAAAAUUACCUUGUUUUGUGCAGAAUCGCAUUACUGAAAUCAAAACAAAUGCGAUAAUCAAUGAGUAUAGAUAUUGUCCUACAAAUGACAAUCCAGCAGAUAUAUUAUCUCGCGGAAUUACCCCAUGCCAACUUUCAAACAAUACACUUUGGUGGUAUGGGCCUCAGUGGCUUAAAUUCGGUGAUUGGCCUGUUUGUGAAAUCUUUGUCAGUCGGGUAUUGCAUGUCUCGGAUGAAAGUACUCCGACAAACACCCAUAAAGUUACGGAUAAACAUACUACUGAAAUUAUCGGUAUUGCUAAUGUUAUUAACGCGUCCAAUUACAGUUCAUUAAAUAAACUGUUACGUGUAAGCGCAUAUGUUAUGCGAUUUAUUCAUAACAUAAAGGCCAAAAAGCAAGACCGACACUUGAGCACUUUAACUGCUCGUGAAAUUAACUCUGCCGAAAAAAUGUGGAUUCACGAUGCUCAAAUUCACGCAUGCCCUUCAGAAAUUAAAGUAUUGAGUAUCAAACAGAAAUCUACAAGCCCGUUAGCCCACCAACUUCGUUUGUUUCUUGAUAGAGAGGGCUUUAUUCGUGUUGGCGGCAGGCUUCACAAUGCCCCAGUGAAUUGUGACACAAAAUUUCCAAUUCUUCUCCCUAGAGGAAACCAUUUCGCAAAACUUGUGGUGACCGCCGCCCAUUCAAAUAUUAAACACUCGGGUUCCCAGGCAACAAUCACACAUAUUCGCCAAAGGUUUUGGAUUCCACAAAUUCGGCCGUUUGUGAGAUCGAUACUGAGAAAUUGUGUUGUCUGUCGGUUAGUGUGUGGAAAACCCUACAGGAAACCGAUUCCUGCACCACUACAAGCAUGUAGAUUACGUAAUGCUCCACCCUUCACCGUUACAGGUGUGGACUUUACCGGAGCCGUGUUUGUCUCGGUAGAGAAGUCAGAGCGGAAAGCCUAUAUCUGUUUAUUCACAUGCGCUGUGACUCGGGCUAUUCAUUUAGAAUUGGUUAUGGAUCUCUCCACCGAUACAUUUUUACGUGCCUUCAGACGGUUUGCUGCGAGGCGUUCAUUACCCAGUAAAAUUAUUUCGGACAAUGGAUCAACGUAUCUUUCCGCAGCUAAAGAAAUACAGAAAUUAUUCGAGUCAGCGUCAAUUCAAAACUACUUUGCAAACCAACGCACCGUCCUUCAUACCAAAACGUGCCCCUUGGUUUGGAGGAUUUGGGGAGAGACUUAUUGGUAUGACAAAAACAUCCCUCAAAAAAGUCCUCGGUCGCGCCUUUGUGUCUGUUGA